AUGGAGAGCGCCACAGAGGACAAGCGUCCGGGGGGAGGGGUGAGCGCCGAGCUGAGCGCUGGAGAGACUGAGCACUCUGAGGGGCAGGACACCCCCGACUCCACACACACACAGGACGAGCACACAGGUGAGGGUGGUGUGUGUGUGUCCGUAUCCGAGUGUUCUUGUGUGUGGAUGGCUCUUCCAGGCUGCGUGUGUGUGUGUAUGUGUGUGUGUUAGUUUGCUUAUACUAACUGCGGUUUCCUCAUUCUUCCCAGGGAGUAACGGAGCUUUGGAGGAAGGAGAGGAGGAGGAGGAGGAGGAGGAAGACGAAAAUGGAGAGAAUAUGACAGAGGAGGGCGUGGACUUGUCAUCCAUCAAUGCCAUGAUAUCGACGGUGAUGAACGCGGGCCAGCUCAACGGAGCCAUGGAGCCCUCCUCAGCCCCUGCCUCAACACCGUCCAUCCCCAUCAGCAAGACCACCCCACCCAGACCCCCUAGUUUCAAUCGCAAUGCCAGGAGAAACACGGUACAAACACACGUAAAAAAACGAACGGGGGGGGGGGUGUAGGGGCAGGUGAAGAAGCAUCCCCCCCUCCUCUCACUCCACCACUCUCGCGUCCCAGCUUCAAACGAUUAGCAACAAAUGGUCCUUGCCUCUCAAUUCCCCUUUUGUCUCCCCGGCCCAGGGUUACGUGGCUCCUAUUAAAGCGUGGGAUUGGGGGCCAUAACGCUCGGGUGUAGGACAAACAGUUGUCACUUAUGAUGCGAGCACACACACACACACACACACACCCACACACACACACACACACACAGCCUGGAAGAGCCAUCCAGGACCAGAGUUGUAGGCCCACCUACCCCUGACAUGCAUAGUGUACUUCACUUCCCCUUAGCAGGAGUGGCCAGAUAUUCAGGUUCUCACCUCUGGAGGAAACCGGCUUACGAUAAUUCACCGGAUUGUCAGCUCUAGCAUAGGCUGCACACAGCUAUAGCGCCAACGCAUGCUACCAGGUGAAGAGGUUGUCACUAGUGGCCAGCUUGCAGAUCUCACACAGUGCUGUGGUUUAGAAAGAGCAGCGGGAAAAAAGGAGAUGGGGUCUAAACAUUGUCUGUCUGGAUGGAGCUUUACCUUUUUAAAGACAAACAGCUGUUAUGCAUCUUUUGCCGCAAACCUAAAACUCAAUUCAGUUUUAACUACAUUUGAAAGGCAUUGGUACACAUAGCCAAAGCAGAACUAUAUGAAAGACGUUUCUUGACCUUUGUUGCCACACACUAUACAGUGGAGUUGAGCACCAGAUCACUUGAGUGUGUGGAGAGAAAAUGUCUGCAAUGCACUGGAUGCCAGCGAGACGUUGGGCUGUGAAACGGACUUGAGCCCAAGCCAGCAGUGCACAGGAACUAAACAAUUCCUUUGCUAGGCCUCUCCAAGAGAGGAAAAGGAAGUGCUUCCUAGAGAUUGUUUUUGAAGAUCUCUCGGUCUGUAUAAGAGUAUGUGUGUGUGUGUGAAAGAAAUUAUGCAUAUUUGUGUGCGAGUCGGUUUUCUAAUUUUGUAUCUGCCACCUUUACACGUAUACGGUGUGUAUGUGCGUGCGUGCAUGGGGCGAUCCAUGGCAGUCCAGUGCUAUGUUCAGUCAGUCAGAGUUAAUGAUCAGCUAUAGUGUCAACAGCAGAGAGAGGAAGGUGGGCCCUGGGGUGUAGGGUUACACUGAGCUCAAGGUGAAACAUCCCCCUCACCAUGCUCCACAAACAACACAACACCCAUACAUGCAAGCAGGCACGCACACAAACUAAUAAAACGCGCACACACACACACACACACACACACAGGGCUACAGGCGAAUGAGUGACAGGGUCAAAUCCAAAACUCGCUGGGACUAGCAGGUGCAAUUCUCUGUAAUUUUGACCGCAGAAUACAGAUCAUCAAUGGGGGGAAAGAUUUUCACCUGUAUUCUUUUCCCAUGACCAUUCUGGUCUUUAUUAUAAAAAUAAUAUACAGUUGAAGUCGGAAGUUUACAUACACUUAGGUUGGAGUCAUUAAAACUUGUCUUUCAACCACUCCACAAAUUUCUUGUUAACAAACUAUAUUUUUGGCAAGUCGUUUAGGACAUCUACUUUGUGCAUGACACAAGUAAUUUUUCCAACAAUUGUUUACAAUCACUUAUAAUUCACUGUAUCACAAUUCCAGUGGGUCAGAAGUUUACAUACACUAAGUUGACUGUGCCUUAAAACAGCUUGGAAAAUUCCAGAAAAUGAUGUCAUGGCUUUAGAAGCUUCUGAUAGGCUAAUUGACAUAAUUUGAGUCAAUUGGAGGUGUACCUGUGGAUGUAUUUCAAGGCCUACCUUCAAACUCAGUGCCUCUUUGCUUGACAUCAUGGGAAAAUCAAAAGAAAACAGCCAAGACCUCAGAAACAAAAUUGUAGACCUCCACAAGUUUGGUUCAUCCUUGGGAGCAAUUUCCAAACGCCUGAGGUACCACGUUCAUCUGUACAAAUAAUAGUACGCAAGUAUAAACACCAUGGGACCACGCAGCCGUCAUACCGCUCAGGAAGGAGACGCGUUCUGUCUCCUAGAGAUGAACGUACUUUGGUGCGAAAAGUGCAAAUCAAUCCCAGAACAACAGCAAAGGACCUUGUGAAGAUGAUGGAGGAAACGGGUACAAAAGUAUCUAUGUCCACAGUAAAACGAGUCCUAUAUCGACAUAACCUAAAAGGCCGCUCAGCAAGGAAGAAGCCACUGCUCCAAAACCUCCAUAAAAAAGCCAGACUACGGUUUGCAACUGCACAUGGGGACAAAGAUCGUACUUUUUGGAGAAAUGUCCUCUGGUCUGAUGAAACAAAAAUAGAACUGUUUGGCCGUAAUGACCAUCGUUAUGUUUGGAGGAAAAAGGGGGUACUUGCAAGCCGAAGAGCAUCAUCCCAACCGUGAAGCACAGGGGUAGCAGCAUCAUGCUGUGGGGGGUGCUUUGCUGCAGGGAGGACUGGUGCACUUCCCAAAAUAGAUGGCAUUAUGAGGAAGGAAAAUUAUGUGGAUAUUGAAGCAACAUCUCAAGACAACAGUCAGGAAGUUAAAGCUUGGUCGCAAAUGGGUCUUCCAAAUGGACAAUGACCCCAAGCAUACUUCCAAAGUUGUGGCAAAAUGGCUUAAGGACAACAAAGUCAAGGUAUUGGAGUGGCCAUCAUAAAGCCCUGACCUCAAUCCUAUAGAACAUUUGUGGGCAGAACUGAAAAAGCGUGUGUUUGAGCAAGGAGGCCUACAAACCUGACUCAGUUACACCAGCUCUGUCAGGAGGAAUGGGCCAAAAUUCACCCAACUUAUUGUGGGAAGCUUGUGGAAGGAUAACUGAAACGUUUGACCCAAGUUAAACAAUUUAAAGGCAAUGCUACCAAAUACUAAUUGAGUGUAUGUAAACAUCUGACCCACUGGGAAUGUGAUGAAAGAAAUAAAAGCUGAAAUAAAUCAUUCUCUGUACUAUUAUUCUGACAUUUCACAUUCUUAAAAUAAAGUGGUGAUCCUAACUGAACUAAGAAAGGGAAUUUUUACUAGGAUUAAAUGUCAGGAAUUGUGAAAAACUGAGUUUAAAUGUAUUUGGCUAAGGUGUAUGUAAACUUCUGACUUCAACUGUAAGUAAUGAAAAUCACUCCACUCGUGCACAAGGAUAGGAUGGCAGACCCUAUGGGAUUUUCCCCAUGGUGAAUGAAGUCGCCAUCAGUGCUUCAGGCCCCACCAACCACAGCCCAACUACACAAAACCGAUGAAUGCGUAACUGUGGGGCAAAACAGACGGGGUUGGCUUAGAUUGUUGACAACAUGAAUUUAUUUUGUCUCCAAUGUUUACUGAAAACAUAAAUACAUUUGCACAAUGAGCAAUUGUCUCUCAAAUACAUCGUUACAGUUGUUGGUUAGCUAACUAGUGAAUUUUAGCCAUAUUAGCAUUGACAUGAAAUCAGUCAGAGGACCUCAAAACAAGACAUGGUAUCAAUAACAAGAUGAAACAAGCUGAAAUGAGCCACUUAUGAUUCCCCACAUGGCAGUUUCUUGUCAUUCUUGCUAGCUAUCUGGCCAUCCAGAAUCACAACAACUCAUGGACAUCUGCCCCAUUUGAAGCUUGCACAUCGUUUUUGUGACGUUGUCAGCUAACCCAUCUAUAGCCGACCCCCUCAAACUUAUCCCAACGAUCAAAGCUUAACCAUUUCUACCAUACAUUUUAUACUUUCCAAUAUCAAAUUUAGCCGCAGUGGAAAGUUCUCGUCUCACCUGUUAAUGGGAUGAAUCCAAACGCGCUUAACUAAGAUCAUCCAUUGACACAGUAUUCUCCCAUCUUGCCUCUCUUAGUUGUAACCUGUGGUCUCGUGUGUCUGCUUUACAGGAAACCAAAGACGUCAAUACAGAUUUCAUCUGUCCCCUGUGUGAGAAAGACUGUAUGACCCAGCACCAGCUCACUAUGCACAUCCGACAGGUAACACUACUUCUACUGCUGCUGCUACUACUACUACUACUACUACUACUACUACUACUACUACUACUACUACUACUGCUACUACUGCUACUGCUACUACUACUACUGCUACUACUACUACUACUACUACUACUACUACUACUACUACUACUACUACUACUACUACUACUACUACUACUACUACUACUACUACUACCGUUCUCUCAGACAUUCAGUAAUAAUGUAUAAUGUGCCGUAAUAAUAAUAUGCAUCUCUUUCAGCACAACUCGGACAAUGGGGCGACGGACCACUCAUGCAGCAUCUGUGGCAAGGCCCUGAGCUCAGCCAGCUCGCUGGACCGCCACAUGCUAGUGCACAGCGGAGAGAGGCCUUACAAGUGCUCCUUCUGCGGCCAGACCUUCACCACCAAUGGCAACAUGCACAGGUCAGACACACGCACACACACUCUAACUCAUUCUCCACCUCGCUCAGUAUCACAGGGCUACCUACUAAUGUUUAGGAGUUGUGGUAGGGACAGAUGUGAUUUCUGCGUUUCGCAUUGUUUUCUUUUUGCUAGAGGCUAGAAUAAAACCUAUUAUUGCUAAUGUUGUAUAGCUGUACAGCACCUAUUUUAUUGCCUGAGGAAGUUAACCUGUAUAGCUUUUUUCCCUUUAAGCUUUUGAAAAUGAUUAAGAAAUGCAGUAGACUGUGUAAAGAUUGUAUGCCAAGAAAGGCCCAGAGUAUUACCAACACUAAAGCUUUGGUCUUUAAGCCUUUCUGUAAAUGGUGCCCUACCCAGGUGUGAAAGCAGCACCACCCAAAUACAUGUGGAGUACUGUCCCCACAUAAAGCCAGCAAAAAUCCCAGCGUUAGCACCUGUCGCUAACUGCAGACACGCCCUUUAGAAUAGCCCAGCAGUUGUUAUAAAACAAAAUAAUCUGUAAACAAAAUCAUAUUUUUAGGGCUCAGUUUUUCCCAGAGAGAAAGCAUUUACAGAAAUGCUUACCGAAAUAUUCUGCUUCUACAAACUGUUAUACUGUUUGUAAAUAAAAUAAAAUACCUUGUUAUAUCUUUUAGAAUUGAUAUGCUAACGUUGGUCAGGGCAGGCCAUUUGCCUGGAGGGGGGAUGGGGUGGGGGUUAGGAGGAUGGAGGACUGUGGCACAGAGAUAAAUAUAUGGGCAUUGUCAGGGGUUGGUAAGGUGUGUGUGUGUGUGUGUGUGUGUGUGUGUGUGUUUGACGCUGUUUAGGCAAAGCAGAGGACAGGAAGUGGGAAAAUGACAUUGCCCCACUUCAACACACACACACACACACAACAACUGUUUGGGCAUCUGCUGCCAGCAUACUUGACUGAUGGCAGGGUUAAAUACCGACUUCCUCUCUCUGCGCUCUUCUGGUUUUAUUGUGAGUGUGUGUGUGUGUUAGAAUUGGGGGCUUGAGGUUUAAUUGAUGUGUGAUGUGUUGUGAGAAGCCCCAUCCCUUUGAGUUGGCCAGCCCCACAACAUUAGUUUCUGAAGUUAUCCUGACAAAGUGGGGGUGGUGUUGUAAAAUCUAAACGGUUGGCUGUUGAAGUCUGCUAUCUGCACGAGAGGGAUGCACCAGGACAGUAGUCUGCCUGCCCCGUCGUUGGAGCUCUCAUGUGUAUGGAAUGAAGAGGUGUGGGCAGGAAAGAAUUAGUGUAGGCCGAGUCAAUCUGAGAGAAUACGAGAGUGUGUCAGAAAGGAGUUUGUGUGUUGGUCGCUGCAUCCCAAAAAAAUUACGUUGUUUCUUCCCAUAUUCGUGUUCUUUUUCACCAUUCUGUUGAUAGUUUUCUCAACAGUCCAAAAAUAAGCUAUGCUUUGGGGUAAGAAACUCAAAGCACAGGGGUGUAUACGUCAGCAAGUUGGAACAUUCAGAUCGUUCUGAUAGAGUAGAAUAGGAAAUUGAGUGCGCUCUACUCAUCCUAUCUGCAUCCUUCCUUGUGAAUGUUCCACAGUACUGAAUUGAUCCAGCCCUAGCCUGAUGUGAUGGAGCUGUCCAUGUGGCUGGCAGGGGAGCAGCCAUUUUGUUGCCAGAGCAUCACAUGAAAUGGGGCCUGCUGUUGUGAGCCUGUUGCCAAGGAGAGGCAUCCUAACCCUAUUUAAGGGCCUGGUGAAUAGACUGAGCCAGGGGGUAGUGGAGGGGCACUUUUAUUUGCUUUAACUCUUUACAAGACAGUGAGGACACUAAAGGGUAGUGGGGAAGAGCGGGAUAGAGAAUGUGCAUUGGUAAGGAGAAGUGCCCUUGGUGUGACAUUGCACAAGAUCAGGGGGCAGCAUUUUGAUGCUACAGCGCCCCCUGUCCACCCACUGUCGUGGUGCAGUGGAAUUUUUCAGUUUGGAUGAGAAGGAAGCUGUUGAAUCAUCAACCCCCACUGUCACAGUCUGAGCUCUCUCUCAAUUCAGUAGACUUUAUUGCCAUGGCAAGUUAAAUGACUUACAUUGUCAAAGUAUACUUAUAACAAAUAAUGGUGGGACCAACAGCAAUAAGGCAUUAAUAGUAGUAGUAGAAAUGUGAUUACCAUUAACAGCAACUACAACAAUAUUAAUGAGAAUAACAAUACAUUAAAGCAAUAGUAGUAGACCAGUCUCUCCCUCUCUCUCUCUCGCUCGACUGGCCAUAAGAAUAACUUACUUUAUGAAUUAUAAAAAAAUAGAUCUGUUAUGUAUCUUGAUAGUGUUUUGUUGUAACCUUGAUACAGUUUGAGCUGUUUCAGAGGUCUGAGGCCUCUCAAUGUAGCCUAGGAAAAUGUCCUCAUCAGUCCUCUUUUAUAGUGGAGAUAAGAUAUUUUGCCACAUGAAAGUAGUGUUUUUGCAAUUUACAGACAACUGCAUUAUUGCAGGUGUGCAUCAAACCAUCAACCAACUAGAUAGACUGUGUGGAAAUGUUUUUUAGGCAGGUGAAGGGAGGAGGAUGGCUGAGGUGACACAAAGACAAGUUGGUUUCAUCCAAUCAUGCUGUGCUGACAUGACAGCUUGGCUCUCUCGGGAUUGGCUGACGCCAGCGGUCAGAGUCUAGGGGAUGCGGCUGCUGCCUGUCAGGUCCCCAGAUGGGUGGCCAGCUCGCUGCCUGCUAUUUAUAACCCAGUUACUGACUUCAGAGUGAAAGCUGAGAUCUCUGCUACCUACUGACCUUUCCUCUCUUAUGCUGGUGAACACGCGCACACACACACACGCACACGCACGCACACCGGCGUGCACACUUACACCACAAACACACAGAUAUAGCUAUAUUAUAAACCCAUGCAUACACACACUAUUGAAGUUACUCGCAAACAAGUUCACCCACACAAUUGCACAAUAAUGUACCCAUCUUUAUUCAAGCAGAUGCGCAGGGACAACUUGUCAAGUAUGGGUGCACAGUCGCGCACACACAAAUGUAAGUACACACACACACAAAUGUUAGUACACACAGAGGCCCUAUGACUGGCUACUGAUGCAGGGCUCUGUGGGCUAGGCCAGGCCUGUCAGGGAUGUACUGAUGCAGGGCUCUGUGGGCUAGGCCAGGCCUGUCAGGGAUGUACUGAUGCAGGGCUCUGUGGGCUAGGCCAGGCCUGUCAGGGAUGUACUGAUGUAGGACUCUGUGGGCUAGGCCAGGCCUGUCAGGGAUGUACUGAUGUAGGACUCUGUGGGCUAGGCCAGGCCUGUCAGGGAUGUACUGAUGUAGGACUCUGUGGGCUAGGCCAGGCCUGUCAGGGAUGUACUGAUGUAGGACUCUGUGGGCUAGGCCAGGCCUGUCAGGGAUGUACUGAUGUAGGACUCUGUGGGCUAGCCCCAGGGAUGUACUGAUGUAGGACUCUGUGGGCUAGGCCAGGCCUGUCAGGGAUGUACUGAUGUAGGACUCUGUGGGCUAGCCCCAGGGAUGUGCUGAUGUGUUUUCCAGGGUCUUAGUCCUCCUGUCCCCCCUCCCUUCACACACACACACACACACACACACACACACACACACACACACACACACACACACACACACACACACAUCCUUAAAUCAACUGAUGGCAUUUGACCUUUCACCAGGUCCUGUAUGGUUUAGCCCCCCCCUUCAUUACUAUUCUCCUAGCUCUGCCGUUAUCAGUGACCCCCUCUCAAAGUUUAAACUAAUGUAAUCAGCUUCCGAAGGACACACUCAAGUCACGUACACCUUGACAAAGUUAUCUAACAGUUAUACCUUUGCCUCUAUCCCUCUCCCCCCAGCUAUACAUUGUCCCCUCCUACUCCUCCUCCCACAUCUUUCCCCCCUCCCCCAUAGAUAACACAACUUCCUUUGAUAAUACCUGUGAGACAUUAUCUCCUCUCUCUUCUUUUUCUCUUUUCUAGUAUCUUUCCGUCUCGCUCUCUCACAUCUCUAUCUGUUCAUCUGUCUUUCUCCCCGUUUCUCUCUGUACACCCCUCCCUGUCUCUUCUUCUCUUUCCCUCCCUCCCCCUCUCCAGUCUCUCCCUCCCCAGUCUCUCCCUCCCCCUCUCUCUCUCCCUCCCUCCCCUUCUUUCUCUCCCUCCCUCCCCUUCUCUCCGCCAUGUGACUCCAGCCCGACAGCUGAAAUGUUGUGUAGUUAAGCGGUGUUGGAGGAGGAGGAGGAGGGGAAGAUGGAGAAGGAGGAGGAGGAGGAGAAGGAGGGGAAGAAGGAAGAGGAGGAGGAUAAGGAGGGGAAGAAGGAAGAGAAGGAGGGGAAGAAGGAAGAGUAAGCCUCUCGUGGGGAAUGGCUUCUUCCCUCCUUUUCUUCCUUCCCUCUCUUCUUCUUUCCUCUUCUUCUUUUCAUCCGUCUCUCUUCGUCUUCAGGAGGGGAAGAGGAGGGAGGAGGAGGAGGAGGCGAGGGAAGUUAGCGGCAGCAACAAAUGCUUCCAGAUGACUCUGUCUCAACAGGCUUCUUUUUGUGGUCCAAUCAUCCACCAUAGUACAAAUGAACAUAAUCCAUGUCCAACUGUAUUACUAUAUCUGAAUGCCAUAAAUGGAGAAAUGAAUAGCUGAACUACCCCUGUAAAUGUUACUAGACAAGGCAAAUUUGAUAGAUAUAAUAUGGAAAGGGCUCCACUUCAUUACAGUGAUGGAGAUGACUGCCCUUCAUGGUACCCUCAGCCCUUUUCCCUGGCCCGGAGUUAUGUCCUUAUAUGGGCCUGCUGGAUAAUUGGAGCAACUUAGACUAUUACCGCCUUCCCUGCCCUCCUCCCAAGUGUGUGUGUGUGUUUGGUGUGCGCACGGGUCAGAGUGUGUGAGCGGCGCUGGAUCGGAGCGAGGAGCGCAGCAUGCCCAAUUUGACUAGUGCUUACUUCACUUCACAAGCUCAGGGCAUGCCCGGCCCAGCAUGCAUUUGUAGUCUACUUGUGUGCUGCUAUAGCCCCUUGCUUUAGCUACUCUCAUGGAGUUCGUUAAUAUUUUCAUAAAGAAACUGAUAAAACACACAGGUGCAAAAUCAAGGUGACUUACUAAGAUGAGGAGGACCAAGAGCAAGAGAGGGAGUGGGGUGAUGAAUCAUUGUGGAAUCUGAAAAGACACGUAUCCCGAAAGCAUGAUGGUGUACUAGGUGCACACGCUAACAGAAAGGAAGGAGGUGGCUAGCUAGCUAAGUGUGUCAUUGUAGCAAAAUCAGAUCUCUUAAAAGUUUCGUUCAUUUCCGUUAUAUUUGCUAUACAAUAGGCUAUCAUUGAUUUUGGCCCAAUAGGCCUGGCAUAUUACCUCUUUCAAGGAGCUUUCUGUUUUGAUAAGGCUAUUUUGCCUAAAAACCUUUAGGCCUACCUAUAGAAAAAUAAAACAAAUAACGCUGCAUCCCUACACAACCUGGCAAGAGUGGCCCGAAGGGUGUUUAGCAUCCCCAGUGGCUCUGCAAGCGCAGAGAGGGUAUUCUCUGCUGCUGGCCUGCUCUCCAGGCACCGUGGAGAGGGUAUUCUCUGCUGCUGGCCUGCUCUCCAGGCACCGUGGAGAGGGUAUUCUCUGCUGCUGGCCUGCUCUCCAGGCACCGUGGAGAGGGUAUUCUCUGCUGCUGGCCUGCUCUCCAGGCACCGUGGAGAGGGUAUUCUCUGCUGCUGGCCUGCUCUCCAGGCACCGUGGAGAGGGUAUUCUCUGCUGCUGGCCUGCUCUCCAGGCACCGUGGAGAGGGUAUUCUCUGCUGCUGGCCUGCUCUCCAGGCACCGUGGAGAGGGUAUUCUCUGCUGCUGGCCUGCUCUCCAGGCACCAUGGCAUGAGCCUGAAGCCACAGACUGACCAAACGUGUGUUUCUAAAAGUGAAUUCAAAGGCACUGUAGCAUUCUAACUAAGUCACAGCCUAUAUGCCCAAUUUACAGACUAUAUAAUGAUUUAAUAUAACAAAAUGUUUAAAUGCUGAGCGUUUAAUCUUCCUGCCAGCCUAGUGUGUCACACUCGCAAGUGCUUCACAAUGUAUUUCUUUGUAGACUAGCCUUGAAAUAAUAGGCUAGUAAUAUAGCCUAAAUAAUUAAUUGUUGUUCCUUCUUAGGCUCCCUGUCUGGCUCCUGUGCAGUUUUGAUAUGCUGUUUAAUACGACAUGUGGCCUAUUUGAAAUGACGAGCGCUUCUUACAGUCACCUUUUCCUGUUUUAUUAAAAUACUUUUCAUUAAAAUCAUAUGGUUUGGUUUCAAUACUUCAAAGUCAAAUGGUAGGUCCAGGUAGUCACAGAAAUAGUGUUGUUUAAGUGGUGAUUCUAAUGAAUGAAGCGAAUUUGGAGCGGCAGUUUUUUUUCUUCCUGUGAGCGAGAAGCGGGAUUUCUGAACGCUCAACUCUGCUCACAUACUCUGGCAUGGGCAUGUCUCUGGUGUGUGAGCCGGUGUGUGUCCACACCUGUGUGUGUGUGUGUGUGUGUGUGUGUGUGUGUGUGUGUGUGUGUGUGCGUGAGGAGAUUAUUGAGCCCAUCUCCCCAAUCUGGCAACCCUCCAAGCUGUCUCUUCAGUAGAUCUGAAGUUUGCUGCAAAUUACUGGGAAUUAAAUAUGUGGUGUACAUCAAUCCAGCAUUUGUUUUUAGGAUAAUUACUGUAAUACACCUUUCAAACCAUUCUGGUGGCAGAAUUUGUUGUAACUUCUCAAGGGAUGUGCUCUGUGUUGGACUGUGAGGUUAUGGCUUUCAUAGACUCCUGUUAUGUCUGGACCCUAACACAAGACCACUGUGUUCCGGAACUGUUACUUGUAUAAAAUAACUGUUGUGUAAACAAUAUGAUUGUUUUAGAAACUAUUUCAGCACCGUUUCACGCUGCUUUGAGACAAGUGUUUUAUUUUCACUGAAUCUCCAUUUGGAUAUUGGUUAGGCUACAAUUAGGCUGGGGAAAUGUUAGCUAAGUUGAGGUGAAUGCUGCUCAUGAUCAUUUUGUCUGGGUGGCUCAUUUAUUAGAACAUUGUGCCAGCAUGUUAUGUAGCUUAACAAGUGGAUUCUUUUGCUCUUCAUUCGCAGUAGCCUAGGCCUACUCCUGACCAAAAGCCUGUGACUCGUCUUAAUCAAUCAAUGGGAUUUUGUUUCACUGAAUCUCCGUCUGUAUAUCUGGUUAAUUCUCUGGCUGGGAAAAUAAGUGGAGGUGGUAGAGCUCAUCUAUCACUGACCAGAAACAUUUAGCAUGCAAUAAUGUAUCCUCAAUCAAGAGUAGGCCUAUUAUUUUGCUGGAUCGCGUAUAGGCAACUCCAAAAGCCCGCGGAGGUUGUGAAAUAUGAACAAGAGACUCACAUGCUUCUGAAAAUAUAGAUUGCUGUUAUUUUCUAUAGGUGUCAUGAUGAAGAUACUCUCAAUGUAAGACCCUACGCCUGCUCUCUAACAAGGCAGAGUGAGGGUAGAAAAGAGAUUAAACGUUGAUCAAAAAGCAUGGGCUUGCCUUGGGCUGUUUCAAAAUAUCACUUGGUUUAUAUGACAGCGGUUCCACACGUUGCCAUGAAGUUGUGUGGGAAACAUAUUUGUAGAAUUUGAUUCUGUUAUUUUUCAUAAUAUUAUUAGUCUAUUAUAAAAGAUGUGUGUUGACUUUGAUCAGGGUAGCCUAAGUGUGUCUUGUCUGUUUAAUGAACAAAAUAACUAUUGAUUUAAUGUGCAUGCCGCAGCCAUGUAGGCUGCACAGACCAGUAACAAAUUAAACUCUAAAUAUUUGAUUAGUCUUACAAUGUUUCUUAGGACCUGCCUAAACAAAUUAAUGAUGGAUUUAUUUUUGAUGGUGUAUAUUCUCAAUGGAUUUAUUAAAAUAGUCGCCCACCCACAUCUGCACACCAUUACUGCCACUCGUCCCCGGCAUGCGCACGGGACGUUUAAAAGGCAAUGUGGUAAAAAUGGGGCUGUUUGUAAAGGGGUCAUAUAAAUUAACAGGCAAAAUACCAUGAAUCCUAUGUGAAAGCAGUAUAAUACUACUAGCAGGGGAGACCUGGGGGGGUAUAUCACGAAGCAGGAUCACAGAGAUAUUCAGCUAACUUUUCCUCAAUGACCAUAUUUGUAACCUGGGUGCCAGUCUUUUUCUGCUCUCCUGCCAACUCCUAAUGGAAUUGUCAUGCCAAACAGCUUGCCAAUGGGACCUGGCUAUAGGAGUUGACUUUAAAGCACAAAAUGAUCAGGGACCUGGCUACUUGUUUUGUGCUGUUCUGUUCUGAUGUAUUUUCCUGUCUCCAUCUCUCCUCCCUGCAGACAUAUGAAGAUCCACGACAAAGACCCGGCCGGUGUCGUUCCUAUUAGCCCCCCCUCGCCCACCAAGAGACGACGCCCGUCCGCCAAGAGGAGGUCGGCUAUGGACGAGGACAUGGAGCGAGGUGACGAACCGCCCAACAAAAAGGUAAUGUGCACACACACACACACACACACACACACACACACACACACACACAGUCAAAUUUGUGCACGCACAUAUACACUCACACAUCUCCUCCACUCCACCGCAUUACAUUCCCAGUUAAGUCAUUAAUAUUGUUAGCUGUGUGUCCAGGUGCUAGAGGAGAGUGUGUUGGAGGAACUGGGUUCAGGCCAGGGGGAUGAUGAGGUGUUGCCGUGCCCUAUCUGCUUCAAGACCUUUGGCUGCAAGUACGACCUGGAAGUCCACAUGGACACACACCCCGACACCACUCUCAGGUACUAGAGUCUAACACACACACACACACACACAGUGGAAUUACAUUGAUGGCAUAAACGCAAUACAACUCUCUACAUGUAGUUGAUAUGUCACAGAGUUAAUAAAUUGUCACCAAAAUAUCAAGCAAAUCAACAGUUAGAAUUAAUGGCAGAAUGUAUGCCGAAUGACCUCUGCCCUCCCUCCACCCAGGUCCUAUACACCUGGUUCUCCAUCACACUGCUAAAGGCCACCUCUGUGGUCUCUCCCUUAUUGGGAAGAUAUUUGCAUUUAAAAUUGUGUUUUAAACGCUUUGUUAUCAUGGAUAAACUCAUCAAAUCACCUUCAGACUAAAUGUUUCACAUGACAGAGUUUAACUUCAGAGCACUGUGCUGCAAGGCCAAUUUUGACCCCCUCUCUUCAGGCACUGAGGCCUAAAAAGUGUGAAAAGUCUGCAGGGAGGCUAUCCCCGGAAAGGGCGGGAGGGUUGGAGUGGGGGGGGGGGGGGGGGGUUUAAUGAGUCACAGAGGGGAGGCGUCGGGACGCGGUCGGCUGGACAACGGAAGGGGGAGGGGAGCGGUUUUCCAUGGACAACUCACAAUCUCCAGAUCACCAUAGCGACUCAACUCCAAACUCAAACCCCAACUUGGGUUGAAUGGCUAGCCGCGCAUAACUCACACAUAGGAAUGUAUUUGUCUGAACUGAAAAGAAGACAGAUGCAGCCUUUCCGUAGUUGAGUUGGGCAGCAAUCUGAUUAUUGUAGGAAGUGCUGCAAAUUUAGCCCUAAUCCCAGUUAAUCACAAGAGUUGAGAGGGCCAGUUAAGAGGAUAUGGCUGCACUGGUUGGCUUGGGUACCUCUGUGUACACGAUUUCUAAGAAGCUGAGAAACGACGCAUUCGGCGUGCAGGAACACACCAGGGACACACACACACAAACACUGUUUAUUCUAUUCUACUGAGUCAUUUACUUUAUGUUCCUAUUCUUAUCUUAUUGUUGUCGAGAAGGAACCUGCAAGUAAGCAUUUCGUUGGACGGUAUAUACCAUGUGUAUCCCGUACAUACGACUAAUAAAACUUGAAACACACACACACACACACACACCCACCCUGUAGUUGCAGCGUAAUUCUCAAGGCUUGAGCCAACCUCUGUGAGAUUAGACGGCUCUCGCAGACCUGUGUGAGAGACAGAAAACACGCACAGUCUGUCUCACAUGCAAACACAAGCACGCACGAACGCACAGGCAUACACAAUGAAUGUGUACACAGACUACCCACCGCACACCCACAGUAGCCUGCACACAGGUGUGAAACCAUAGGGAAAGGAAGAGGGGGGGCUGGGUGAGUGGGAUGAGGGGGGCUGGGUGAGUGUGUAGUGCUGGGGGAGCACUCCCUCGAUUUUAACAAUUUGAGAAUAAACUGAAAAUAAAUUCUGAUCCAUUCUAAAUAAAUGAUAUUUAAUUGCCACAAAAAUGAUAUGAAAAACGAUAGAAUGACAAACCAAAUAAACCUUGAUAAAGCUGUGUGUAAUCUCCUCGGACACCACAUCACAGGGUGGCCGAUAAGAGGGCUGGCCGUAGGAGACACUGAGCAGCUGUCCCUCAUAGUGCCUAACGAGGUCCGGGCCAGCACUGCCACAGGCCAUGCUGAGGGUUAUGAUUUAAGUGCAUUCUUACACCCAACUACAACACAGCACUACAACAUAGUAAAAAAAUCACUGUAUUAUAUAGCAACAUAUUUCUUUGUCUUGUCUCUAGGUGUGACCUGUGCUGCCUCUCCUUUCGGACCCACCGCGGCCUGCUGCGGCACAACGCCGGCAUCCACAAGAAGCUGCCCACGGACUCAGGCGGACGGCCCUUCAUCCAGACCAACCCUUCCAUCCCCUCUGGCUUCAACGACCUGGCCUUUAUCGACUUCUCCUGCCGCAAGUUUUCCCACAUCGCCCAGGUCAGAGGAGAAAUUGUGGACAGAAUAAUGUUAACGCUAAUUCUCACAAUGCUACUGAUACUACCAAUUAGUAUGAUUAUGAAACUGAUACUACUAGUAUGUUGGUCAUCUCUCACACGAGCCCUCAGUCUGCUCUUCCACACUCUAACCCCCUGUCUGACUGUCUCUCCAACAGGUCUGGUGUGAGACCAAUCUCCGCCGGUGCACCAGCAAGUUCCACCGCUUUGUGUGCGAGGCCUGCGACAAGGCCUUCCCCCUGCGCUCGGCCCUAGACCUGCACAAGACCACCAUUCAUCAGCAGGAACCGCCAUCGCCCGUAGGGGGCGGCCAAGAGACCCCUGUGGUACAGGAGAAGCCGACAACCCCGACCCCUCAGCAGGCCAGCUUCCUAGAGUCCCUGGGUCUGCAGCACAUUUCCCAGGUCAAGCCUCAGCCUUCUGAGGAUGAGGUCCGUCAAGCCCAGCUGGACAGUAUCCGGGUCAUCCAGGUGGAGCCUCCGGACUCCACUCUGCCCCAGGAGGCGGCUUCCACAGCUGCUGGCUUUCUGGGCGGCCUGGGCUUGGUGCCUGCCUCGUCUCUGCAGGGGCUGUCCCAGAGGGAGGCUCUCAGCCUGCUCUCCCUGCAGCCCUUCCCCACAGGCUUCCUCUUCCAGCCAGACGGUGACACUGCUGUCAAGCCUGUGUGUGGCGAGCAUGGCCUGAUUAAGCUGGCUGACAUCCAGCAGAUCCUGAAGGUGGCCUCGGCCGUCCCUGGUCAGAUGGGCCUCCUGCCGCCCCUGGCCAAGGCUCCCCACUGGGGAGUGUCCGGCCAGGGUCAGGCGGCCGGCUGCAAGCCCAUGCCCCCACUGAAGCCAAAGCCCAUGGUGGCACCACGCUCCAGCCUGGCUGCCUCCACGCCGCCGCCACUCCAGAACACCCAGCAGGCCUCCCUGGGCUGCAUCAGCCCCAGCCUGCCCCCGCCGCCCAGCCAGCUGCUCAAGAUGCCCAGAGAGUCUUCAUCAUCGUCAUCGUCCUCCUCUUCCUCGGGCAGCCAGGCCUCCCUGGAGAAGAUGCAGAUGGAGGCGGACUGCAUGGGCGACGCCCACAUGCCCAACGACUUGACGGAGCUGCAGAUCAAACAAGAGGAGGGCCAGGCGGCCGGGGGAAAGAAGGGGGCAGGGGGGGCCAACCGCGGGGGUGCUAAGGCAUCCUACCCCUGCCGCUUCUGUGACCAGGUGUUUGCCUUCUCCGGGGUGCUACAGGCGCACAUGCGCUUCCACCUGGGCAUCCUGCCGCACCAGUGCAACAUCUGUGACUACGUGGCGCCUGACAAGGCCACUCUCAUCCGCCACCUGCGCACGCACAGCGGCGAGCGCCCCUAUGUGUGCCGCGUCUGCCACUACCCUUUCACCGUCAAGGCGAACUGCGAGCGCCACCUGCGCAAGAAGCAUAUGAAAAACACACGGAAAGAUAUUGAGAAGAACAUCAAGUACGUCUCGUCAACCACCACCCAGGAUCCUUUGGAGCUGGCUGCUGCCGGCGACACCGCCUGCCGCUUUUGCGGUGAGGAUCUAAAGAGCUACCGGGCUCUCCAGAUCCACCUGCGCACCCACAACGGCUGCCAGCGCAAACCCUUUGAGUGCCGGCGCUGCGGGGCGGCUUUCCUGGCCAAGAGGAACUGCAUCCACCACAUGCUCAAGCAGCACCCUGAGGUGCAGGAGCGGGAGAUCGAGGAGCACAUCGCCACCCUUCUCCCCGCCAUCACAGCCACCACUUCCAGGGCCAGCCCCAGCAGCCCUCUGGCUCUCAACGGCCUCACGCCCACCCCCACUGCCACCCUGAAGCCAGUCAAGGUGGAGGAUCUCAGCAUCUACUCCUCCUCUGGUGACCUGGAUCAGCCCUUGGACUUCUCCAACAAGAGCCGGGGGGGAAGCGGGACCAGCAGCACUGCGGGGAGCCUGACCGGGUCUCCUGGGAUCAAACUGGAGACGGUCAGCCCGGCAGCCUACGACUGCUCCAUGGAACCUAUUGACCUGUCCAUCCCUAAGAACCCCAGCAAGAGUCUGAAGAGAGACACCAUCGCUGUUGCCCCGGUGAGCGUGGAGCGCCGAGAGAUCAAAAAGGAGCUGCCCUUCCCCAGCGUACUGGACCACCUCGCCUUACCCCAGGCUCUUCAGCUGGACAAGAGCACUGAGGAGAAGCUGACGACCCCCCAGUCUGGCUCUUACCAGCUCCCCCCAGUGAUCCCCUCCCCGCUCCCUAUUGGCACCCCCACCGCCACAGGCCGGGCGCUCCGUCUCAAGCCCCUGCUGCCCAAACCAGCCUUUACCUCCUCUUCCUCCUCUCUGAAAGAGCUUCCCCCUUUGGCUUCCAUCGCCCAGAUCAUCUCCUCCGUCUCAGGGGCUCCAGACCUGCUCAAGAGGGAGCCAGAUAACAAGGCUCCUGCUGCCCUCAACGGCCUCCAGACAGAACCGGAGCGUCCAGCUGGGGGCGACAACAGCUCAGAAGCGUCGAUGGAAGAGCUCCUAGAGGGCUCGUCCAGAAAGCGCACUAGAAAGAAGCAAGUGAGCCAGGCCAAGACUAUGGCACCUGCCCGUGUGCCCACGCCCGAGCAGAACACCGGCAGCGGCUUGGACCUGGAGUCCAGCGGCGAGUUUGCCAGCGUGGAGAAGAUGCUUGCCACCACCGACGCUAACAAGUUCAGCACCUACCUGCAGACGGGGGCGGCGGAGCUGGGAAGGAGGGACGAGGGGAGACAGAGCCCGGGAGAGGAGAAGGAGGAGAAAGAGUCACCUCCUCAGUCUGUGCCACCCCAGUCCAAAGGAGGGAAGAAGAAUGCCUACUCCAACUCAGUGCAGAAGAUGACCUGUCCCUUCUGCCCUCGAGUCUUCCCCUGGGCCAGCUCCCUGCAGAGACACAUGCUCACACACACAGGUGAGCCAUAGGGAAACACACACACAGCUGGCUGAGACAGAUUGGAUAACUCCCUAAAUACCCAACACACAGCUCUCAUAAUAAGUCAUGUUGAAAUACUGCUUAAAUAGACAAGUUAAAACAAUGCGAUGAUAUCUGAAAGACCUGAAAGAUACUGUUCGGUAAUGUAGAAAAACGUUAUACAAGAUAGUACAAUUACAAGAUAUUAAUUAGUUAUUAAUUUGACAGGUUUUCUAAAGGGUCUAACUGCGUGCAUUUUGUCCACAACAUGUCCCUAAUACUUCUAAUGUGACGUUCAGUCUUCUCUAAUGUGCUGUCGGCUACAGGUCAGAAGCCCUUCCCCUGUCCCAAAUGUGACGCCUUCUUCUCCACCAAGUCCAACUGUGAGCGCCACCUGCUGCGCAAGCACGGCGUGACCAACCGCUCGCUGCGCCGCAAUGGCCAAGUGUCCAAGAACGGCGACGAGGGUUCACACGACAGCGCAGGUAAGAAACUGUACUACUGUAUUGUAUUGUAUUGUACUGUACUGUAUUACGCUGUACUGUAAUGUACUGUAGUAUACUGUACUGUAGUAUACUGUAUUGUACUGUAUUGUAGUAUACGGUAUUGUACUGUAUUGUAUUGUAGUAUAUGUUAUUGUACUGUAUUGUAGUAUACGGUAUUGUACUGUAUUGUAGUAUACGGUAUUGUAUCGUACUAUAUUGUAUUGUACUGUACUGUAGUAUACUGUAGUGUACUGUAGGAUCUAUAGGUUACUAUUCUGUACCAAUCAAUUUGUAAUUUGACGGUUCAUUUUGUGUGUGUUUUCAAGAGAGUUCCGAGAAUGAGCAAACUGCAGGAGAGGUUUUGGACCUGAGCAGCAUGGACCCCGAUCAGAAAGGCGACGCAUACGGGUCGUCCAGUGCAGACCAAACACCAGACACUGCUGAGCAGCUGCUAGGGGAGAUGGAACCGCAACCUAGCAACAACAACAACAAUGUUGAAAAUGAAGACUAUGACGACAAUGAUUCACAGAGCAACAAGAGCUUGGACCUCAACUUCGCCAGCAAGCUCAUCGACUUCAAGUUCUCGUCGGAAGGCGAGCAGCCCCAGACCUCCCUGGGCGGAGAGAGUGUGGUGGUGGCCGAGCCGGAGAGGGUGACGGACGUCCAGCAGCAGCAGCAGGACCAAGAGUCCUCCAAGUACACCAAGUACACCUGCAAGAGCUGCAAGAAGAACUUCCGCUACGCCGCCACCCUGGCUCGCCAUGAGAAGGCACACCUGUGUGAGAGUGCACCCCCAGAGGAGGCUUGUGGAACGGAGGGGACCAGGCCAGGCACAGAGGAGCUCCCCAAUGCUACUACAGCCACUGCCGAGGAGGAGGAUCAGGAGGAGGAGGAGGAGGGAGAGAAGGAGGCUCCGGAAAGCGAGGGAGCGGGAAGUGUGAUGGACAGCGGCUCGGAGGAGGAGGAGAAAGAGAAGGAGGAGAGGAGCGAUGAGGAGGGGGGCUUGGCAGAACCAAAGAACGGAGAAGGAGAGGUGGGCAGAGGGUCGGGAAGCAAAGCGGACAAGAGGAAGAAAAUCUGUAACGUCUGCAGCAAACGCUUCUGGUCACUGCAGGAUCUGACGAGACACAUGCGCUCGCACACAGGUACUAGUAGAUUCUAUUGUUGUAGCUUUAUCUUCUUUAAAGAUAGGUUUUACCUGGCCCUGCUCUGGUGUAUGUGUGAAUAUUUAUGUACGUGUUUAUAUUUUUCUUAAGGUGAGAGACCCUACAAGUGCCAGACGUGCGAGCGCACCUUCACCCUGAAGCACAGCCUGGUGAGGCACCAGCGGAUCCACCUGAAGCCGCGGGGCAGCGAUGGAGCUGAUGCCAACGGGGCAGAGGCCCCGGCCGGAGACUCAGCUAGCGAGGAGGGAGAGUGCACCCCAACCAGCACCUGCCCCCCUUCAGAGAACGAGAGCGAGGGCACCGGAGCGGCCAGGGAGGAGGGAGCUGAGAAAGAGGCCCCUCUACCAGGCUCCACAUCUCCGGACCAGUCUCUGUCCACCACUGAACCAGCCCAGUCAGAGUCAGCUACGGAGGCCGUGGCUGAGCUGCUCACUGAGCCAGCCUCGGAACCUGUUCCGGACCCAUCUGUAGAACAAGCCUCGGACAGCGUCUCUGAAAUAGCUGUAGAACUCUCUGCUGCAGAAUCAGCCUCUGAAACAGCUAGUAAUGCAGCCACACAACCAGUAACAGAAACCCCCAAAGAAUCCUCCACAGAGUCCCCCACCCCACAGCCCUCUGCUGUAACCCCAGAGUUAGACUCGAAGGGCCCAUCGGAAGGCUUCAUCCAAGGCCUACUGGAGAUCCACACCAAGCCUUCCCUGGAGUACAUCCUACCUGCCGGCGAGGCUCGCUUGGUGGGCGUGGAGUGA